AUGUACGAAGUUCACGUUCUAUUUGUCGGCUAUUGUCAUCCAACGGAAGGCGGUAUGAUGGCCAACUGCACAUGCACAUUGGUCAAAGGGCCGAAAAACAUUAUUGUUGACACGAUGACUCCGUGGGACGGUAAACGAUUAAUAGAAGCGAUUGAUCGGCACGGCGUCAGCUGUGACGACAUUGAUUAUGUUGUCAGUACUCACGGCCACUCGGAUCAUUUAGGUAACAAUAAUUUAUUUUUGAACGCAAAACAUCUGGUCGGCCGAUGCGUUAGCUACAAACAGAUGUACUAUGACGACGGUGCGUUUUUUAACAGCGACGGUGUCUAUGAAAUCGAUGAGAACAUUCGUAUUGUCACAACCCCUGGACACACACUGGCCGACGUGUCCGUUAUCGUUCGAACUGCCAAAGAAUCUAUUGGCAUUGUAGGCGAUUUGUUUGAAAACGAAAACGAUAUAACUGAUGAAUCUAUAUGGAUUAGUGCCGGUAGUGAAAAUCCAGAUUCACAAAGAAAAUAUAGAAAAAUUAUUAUGGAACAAGUAGAUUGGAUUAUACCAGGUCACGGUGAUAUGUUUUCUACCGAAAAAUACAAGUGA